AUGAAGUAUCCGCAAGAGGAACUCUUGGAACCCUUGAAUAAUUGGGGAUUGAAAAUUAUUAAUUUUCUUUCUUCUAAUAAAAUCCAUAAACGUAUAAUAGUGCUUUCCCAAAACAAAUCAGAUUUUGCGAGAGAUUUAAUAUUCUGGAGAAAUAAGCGUCUGAACAUUCUAGUUUUACUCGUGGCAACAGCCACAUGGGUUGUGCUAGAUAUCUAUGGAUACAACUUCAUCACUGUGGCUUCUUGGGUGGCCAUGGCACUUGUCUCUUUUACGUUCCUUUGGGGCAAUAUUCACAAGCUCCUCGUAAAAAAGUCUCCAGACCUAUCAGGAAUGGAAAUUAGCGAGGAGACAGCAGUGGAGUCUGCGAAGCUACUUCGAGAACAAGUAGAAAAAUGUGUUCGAUUAAUGUUUCAGGUUGGUGCAGAGAAAGAAGGGUUUGUGUUUACGGGGGUCGUUGCUUGUUUAUAUGCACUGUCCUUGAUAGGAAACUGCUUUGAUUUGCUCAUACUUUGCUACAUUGGGGCCAUAGGAGGGUUGACUGUUCCUGUGACUUCCGUGAAAUACGAGCAUAAAAUUAAGGAAUAUGGAGAAAGAUUGAAGAUGAAACUACAAAGAUUGCAUGUCAAGAAAAUGAAGAACAUAAAGAGAUGA